GUCAAAGGCCCUGCUAUAAAAUCCCAUUGAUUUGUCCCUUUUGCGUGGCCGGCCAGUCUUUGCCAAGUCUUCAUCCGAGUGUUUCCAGCCCCUUCACUUCAUCUCAUAGGCUGUGAGAACCAAAACCAGCCAAGAUGUCUGAUAGCAAAAAGAUGACCUCAUCCCGCAAGAAUCAUCUGAAGAGCUUGCUGCUCCAGAUUGCUCAGGGCAUACUGGAGGCAGAGACCCAGCAGCUGGCUGAGGCAAAGGAGGAAUACCUGGCCCAAAACUGCCCUUCCCUGAGUCUGCCAGGAUCCAUGGAGGAACUGCAGCUGUUGGUCAGGAAGAUGCACCAGACCAUUGAGAAGGUUGAUGAGGAGAGGUAUGACACAGAGGCCAAGGUUGCCAAGACCAACAAGGAGAUUGAUGAUCUGAAGCUCAAAGUGGUUGACCUGAAGGGCAAGUUCAAGAAGCCAGCUCUGAAGAAAGUACGUAUGUCUGCAGAUCAGAUGCUUCAGGCUCUGCUGGGCUCCAAGCACAAGGUGAACUUGGACCUGAGAGCCAACCUGAAACAAGUCAAAAAAGAAGUCAAAGAAGAGUCUGGAGAUACCGUUGGUGACUGGCGUAAGAACAUUGAGGACAAGGCUGGCAUGGACGGCAGGAAGAAAAUGUUUGAGGGUGCUGAGGCGUAAAUUUCCGACACUUGGCAAAGAUUUUGGUCUCUUCAAGAGCACUGGUGACAUGGCAUUGACAGAAGAAGGAUGAUGUUUAAAGGAAUUUAACUGGAGCUUCUCUGAAAAGCUCCUAAUUAUUAAGGCUAUUUUUUACUAUAAUCCAAUCCACCUUACAACAAUCCACAUGUCUUUUUUCAUUCUGUUUCAUAGGCUAGAGCACACGAUCCAUAUUAAUGUACAAAGUGUGUGUUAACUAUUCUAUUCAGUAUUUCAGAACUGUUGAUUUAAUGCUGUACAAUAUAGUGCAUUUGUCCAAAUAAAUGAAAAAAUGUAUAAACUGUA